CCGUUUGAGUAACUUGGGGACUGGGGACAGCCUGUUAGUCUCAAAAUGCUCUAUAAUGCGUUAUUAUCGCUAACAGCAUUCGUGUUUUGUCUCAGUCUUUUCCUGGUGCACAGAGCCAGGGUUUUAGAAAAUGAUUUUCGCAAACUCCAAGGGGACAUAAUUCUACAAUUAAAUCAACCAUGUUCUGAGGGAGUCGAUGGGAAAUUGGCCAAGAUGUCUAAAACAAGCGAGGACAUCGAGCCAAGAGUCUUCCAAAAAGCUCAGAGUUCUCUUAAGAUAUCUUCUAGGAGAGUAAAAAGGGAACUGAGCAGUCACAGAGCUCCAACAUCAUUUCUGCAGUUAAGGGCUGACACUAACAAACAGCCACACAUAAGAGGAAAUAUAACACUGAUCUCUUGGACUGUUUCUGCACAGCAAGGAAAUGCAAUUUCACAAAAGGAAAACAGAAUUGUUGUCCAAGAAGGCGGUUAUUACUUGGUGUUUGGACAAGUUUUGUUUGAAAGCCCCAGCAUAGUUAUGGGUCAUGUCAUUCGAAGCAGGAGUUCGGCCAAAGCAGGCGCGAGAUCAGCAGAGCUAUUGCGCUGCCUGCAAGCGAUGCCCGAUACAUAUCCUGCCAACACAUGCUACAUUGCAGGCACAGUGCAGUUGCUUCAGGAUGACGAAUUAGAACUGGUGAUCCCAGACAGGCCCACGGCCCUGAUCUCUACGGAUGAAGACUCAACCUUUUUUGGUGUCAUCCAGCUGAACUGAAACAAGACAGUGGGAGGAUGAUAAGGAUGCAGCUCACUGUUGCUGGAAGUGGGAAACUGACACUGAGCAGAGUGAGGGCUGUGCUGAUAAAAUGCAGAGUGGCAGCAGCAGGAAAGCUAUUCUUCUUGUCAGGAAAAUGCUAAAUGAACUUUUUAAACGACAUCAUCUGUCAGUUUUGGUUUGUUUGUUUGGGGGUUUUUUUAUAUGCAUUAGCUUUAACAUGUAGCAUUUGGGUGCUUGUCCUGGGCUGACUCCCAAACAUUUGUAUUCAUGUGCCAGCACCUCUUUUCAUCUGUCUAUUUUAGGUGUGUUUCUUUAUACCUUGCUGGGGGCUUCCCUCCUGCUCCACCUACGCGCUGUCUGCUUAUUUGUUCCUCUUGUCUAUUUUUAAACGGUUUCCGUUUCCAAAGGCUUUGUCAGGAACAAACAAAUGUGUGAAUUUAUAUCUCCCAGCAAGGGUUUGGAACACAGCACUGUAAAUAAUGCAUCACUAUCAAAUUAAAGUUGUUAA